CUAUAUAGCGGCCCCUCCCACGCUCCAGGAACCAAGAGAAAAACAGUGGAGGAAGCGAAAGAAAGGAGCAGCUUUUGGGCAAUCUCUUGAGCAACGUUCAAUACUUCCAGUUGGACCGAAGGAUGGUUUUGGUCUGGCGAUGGAUACUCCGGGACCGGUCGAGAAGGUACCGCCGCGUCAAACGUCAUCGAUCGCAGUUUCUUGCGCCGGCUAUCCGUGUACUCCGGUGGGUCUGCUAUCUCAGACAGAGAAACUGCGUAGCUUCGAUCAGCGGUGGCGACGAUGAAGGGUUUAAGAGGCUUCUGUUAGCAGGGAAGGAGAGCCCGACUCCGAAGGGGUACCUAGCGGUGUACGUCGGCGGUGGCGAGAAGGAGGAUGAGCCGCCACAGCGUUACUUGGUUUCUAUCUUGCAUUUUAACCAUCCGCUUUUUGUGGAGCUUCUUAGGGAGGCCGAGAAGGAGUUUGGGUUUCACCAUCCGCACGGAAUAACUAUUCCUUGUCCGGCGUGGCGCUUCGAGCGGAUUCAGACGCGGAUUGCUGCCGGCUGUGCGGUGGCUCGCCAGAAAAGGGGUUGCCGGGUUUUCUCGUGGUUCUGACACAUAUUGGUUCCUGUCUGCCGCAGCGUUACUGGGUUCCUUUCUUGAUGUAAUCCACUCUGAUAAAUUUUUGGCUAUUUUGGAUGCGAUGUGGUUUUCUUUGUUCAUUUGCUUGGGUUUGCGAUGCAAUUUCCAAUUGCUCUUAGAACUUGUGGCUGUAACUGGUUGUUGAUUAACUAUUUUGUUGUGAAUUCCACGUUGAAAAGUGACCGUUGAAAAACUUCAUGAAGUUCGUGUAUGUAAAAGGUCAAUAAUAAGCUUCAGAGUU